AUGGCAAAAACAAGGGGCAAAGCGCCAUCCAUCCACUCGCGCGCCGCCCGCCGAGCCACAUCGCCCAGCAUCAACACCGACAAGUCGCUGAAGGACGCCCGGCCGCCGCCCGAGUCCGUCGACGCCCGCCCCUCCGUCCUCGGCCUGCACCAGAACGCCGGCGUCACCAAGAAGUCCAAGCGGGGCCGCAAGGCCGUGCUGAGCACCAGGGCCCGCAAGCGCCACGAGCGCGGCCUCGAGAGGGCCGAGGAGAUCGUCGACAGGACGUCCAACAAGGUCCUCAAGAGCAAGAAGGCCGCCGCCAACAUCGCCGGCCGCAAGAAGGGCUGGGACGACAUCAACGCGCAGGCCGGCGAGGCCGCCGGCGCCAGGCUGGCCGGAGUGAACAAGUUCGCGGGGCUGGCGGACGGCGAUGACGACGAGGAUUUCGAGGAGGUCGACGAGGAGAUGUGGGAGGCGGAGCAGGGCACACCGGCAGUAGCUGCGGUGCUGAGCUCCACAGCUGCCCUUGAUGGUGCGCCGCCGCCGCCGCUGCAGGGCGAAGAUGAAGAGAUCCUAUGA